AUGCUCGCGCGUGCAGCUUCUCGUCUUCUCGUCCCACGCGCCCUCGCCUUCCCCGCGACACGAGCUGCCACCGCUCAGUCUAUACGAACCUUCAAGCUCAACAAGCAGCAACCUCCUGCCAAGAAGCCGUCACCGCCCAAAUCUUCGCCGAACGUACGACCUUCUAGAGGCCCAGAGGUACCAAAGGACCUCACUUGGAAGCGGAAUGACCCCAUAAAGUUUGCGGCAGCCGGCGCCGCGGCAGCUGGCAGCGGAGCAGCAUCAAGCUCCGCGACGCCUACAACCGAUGCGCCUGCUUCACCAGAACAGACGGGGUUCAGCACCAGCGACAAUGUCGAGAGCACGACGGAGCCCCAGGCACCUUCUGAGCCUGUUAUCAUCGCCAUGCCCCCUCCAACGAACCAGCAACCCAUAGAAAUGCCUCCACCUUCUGACACUCCCCAGAACGCCCAGGCAGAUACAGCAUCUUCACAAGAGCCAGUAGGAGCCGUACCACCUGUUGAGCCAUCGCUAGAAGACACACCACGACCAAGUCAACCCCUGCCGGAUCUCCGUCAGGGCAUCCCAUCUACAUUCGAAGCCGAAUUCCUCAAGCCAGUUGCGCCAGAAGAGCCACCAUCGGUGUCCAAAGCCCCAGGAAACGACGUCAAUCUCACCGACGACCCGCGGGAACCGGCCUCCGCUGGGAGUGGCGGCCGUGGCACCGGCGAGCUUCCCAAGUCCGCAUACGAGACCUCGAGUGAUCGACGCAGGAAUCGGAUCGCAAACUACAGCUACGCAGCCAUGGCCCUUGCUGCCGUUACUGGAACGCUAUACCUUGGAAGGGAGUGGGAAGACGAAGCUGAAAAGAACGCGUACCCAGAUAUUCCGUCAGGAUGGAGUCCGUCCUCCAUCUACCAGCGGGCAACCGCGAGGCUAUCGGGACAAAUGGGCUACUACACCGAGCCCACGUUCCCCAAGCUACUUCCUGCGGUGGACCCCGCGCCGCCAUACACCCUAGUACUGAGCUUGGAGGACUUGAUGGUACACAGCGAGUGGACGCGAGAGCAUGGCUGGCGGACAGCCAAGCGGCCCGGCAUCGACUACUUCCUGCGCUACCUGAGCCAGUACUACGAACUCGUCAUCUUCACCAGCCUGCCAUCUGCAUCCGCCGACCCGAUUAUCCGCAAACUCGACCCCUUCCACAUCAUCAUGUGGCCGCUCUUCCGAGAAGCCACAAAGUACGAGAAGGGCGAGUACAUAAAGGACCUAUCCUACCUCAACCGCGACCUCUCAAAAGUAAUCCUCAUCGACACCAAACCCUCGCACGCGAAGCUCCAGCCCGAAAACUCCAUCAUCCUCCCGCCCUGGAAAGGCGAGCCCGCGAACAAAGACCUCGUCGCCCUGAUCCCCUUGCUUGAAUACAUCGCCACCAUGGGCAUCGCCGACGUGCGCACCGUCAUCAAAUCCUUCGAAGGGAAACCCAUCGCGCAGGAAUUCGCGCGCCGUGAAGCCAAGGCGCGGGAAGCAUUCCAGAAAGCCUUGGCUGAGGAAAAGGCGAAGCGGCCGAAGCACAGCGGCACGGGCUGGCUGCUUGGCGCGCUGGGCAUGAAGCCGCAAGCCGGCGCGCAGGCGGGGGGGCUGGUGAUAGGGGAUCAGAGCGCGGCGGAAGGGUUUGAGCAGGGCAAAAUGCUGAGUGAUCAGAUUAGGGAGCGCGGCCAGAAACAGUACGAGGCGAUGGAGAAGGAGAUUAGGGAGAAUGGGGAGAAGUGGCUCAAGGAGAUGGAGAUGGAGGAGAAGAAGGCGCAGGAGGAGCAGCUGAAAAGUAUGAAGAGUGGGUUUACGAGUUGGUUUGGUAGUGGGAGAUCGAAGGCUGCGUGA